GUCUGAUCACAUCAUUCCUUCCUCUGGCAGCUUUUGGAAACAAAAGACCAGUAUCCUGCUCAUAUCUUCAGAGGGAAACACAGAAAACAUUGUGGUGGAGACAGACCAGAGCGUGCAACGACACUAACAUUCAUGUGGUCCAGAUUCAUCAGAGCCAUCCAGAAUAUCUGAGCUUCCUCUACAGGCUGACUCUGGUCUGUAAUCCAUCGGAAAGAGAGGUGUCAUGCCUCUUUAACACUCCGUGUUAAACAAAUGGUUAGUUGUUAUGCCUGCGGGGAUGCUUGGUCUCUUCUGCGUGGUAGUGGGUGUACUCUGGUGUCAGACCAUAGUCAGGUCCUCUCGCCCAUACCCCUUCUUCAUCCGAAAUGGCACCCUCUUUGAGCACUUGGCCCUACACCCAGACCCCGCCUCGGGCCGUGUCUACGUAGGGGCACGUGACCACCUCUUCCAGCUGUCAGGGAAUCUGGUUCUGGAGCAGGAGGUGAGGACUGGCCCAAUGACGGACAGCCGGGAGUGCCUGCCCCCCAUCACCAUGUCCAACUGCCCACAAGCUCGACACACGAGUAACCACAACAAACUCCUGCUGGUCGACCCCUUCUCCCAGGAGCUCAUCAGCUGUGGCAGUGUUCACCAGGGGACGUGUCAGAAACGCAGCCUGGAUGACGUGAGCGCUGUCCUCUUCUCCGCUCAGCGCCCCGUGGACACGCAGUACGUGGCGGCCAAUGAUCCAGAGGUUUCCACCGUCGGCCUGGUGGUGAUGCCCCCACGGGGGCACCAGCCAGUGCUCUUUGUGGGCCGUGGCUACACCAGCAGCCAGCCACCCAUCUCCACCCGCAACCUGGCAUCCGAGCCCAUCUUCUCUUAUGAGGAAACGGCCAAGCUAGCCGUGGCGGGGCGACUCUCCGAGUAUGACCACCAUUUUGUCACCUCCUUCUCACACCGGGCACAUGUCUACUUCCUCUUCUACCGCCGCGACCUCAAGUCGCAGUCGCGCGAGUAUCGCAGUUACGUGUCGCGCGUUUGUCUGGACGACACAGCAUACUACUCUUACGUGGAAGUGCCUCUGAGCUGUCGCUCAGUGGCGGGAAAGACGUACAAUCUCCUGCAGGCCGUGCGGUUGGGUCUGCCCGGGGCGGAUGGCGGCGAAGGGCGGGAAAGGGAGGUACUGCUUGGAGUGUUCUCCACUCGCUCUGCCUCCUCCAGCAGGCCCAGCGAGGAGUCGGCUCUCUGUAAAUUCUCCCUGGAGGAGCUGGACCGUCGGAUCAAUGCCACACGUGACCUGUGCUACACACAGUCCGGCCGUGCUGAGGGCGAGGAAGCAGCGUACAUCGAGUAUGAGGUCAAGUCCAACUGUGCCAACCUGCCCGCAAACACUCUGGAGGCGUACCCGUGUGGUUCUGACCACACCCCCAGUCCAAUGGCGAGCCGCGUUGCUGUGGAGGCUGAGCCCAUAUUCGACAGCCCGUCUGCCCGUCUAACUGCCGUGGCGGUCAGCGUGAGGGAGGGUCAUACCAUCACUUUCCUGGGAGACUCCAAAGGAAAUUUACACAAGGUGUUCCUGGGUCCAAAUGGUGAGGUGGAAGAAUAUGCAGUCAUCUCCAUCCAGUUGAACUCUCCCAUCAGCAGUGAGCUGAUCCUGGACCAUUCAGAGGAGAACCUCUACAUCAUGACAAGCACUUUGCUGGAAAAGAGGCCAGUAGCGGAGUGUGACAGGCACGAGGACUGUCAGUCGUGUUUGGUGGCUCAUGAUCCGUACUGCGGCUGGUGUGUGCUGGAGGGGAGGUGUGGCCAGCGAGAGGAGUGCUCCCGUGGAGAAGAGCCUGGUCAGUGGCUCUGGAGUUUUGACAUGAACCAGCAGUGUCUCACAAUACACACGCUCUUCCCAUCCAACAUCAGUAAAGAGGAGAAGAGAAGCAUCUCUCUGUCCAUCCCGGGCCUUCCCAGUCUGGAGGAGGGAGAGCGGUAUUCCUGUUCUUUCCAGGAGAAUCAGAGUCCUGCAGCUUUGACUGAGUCUGGGGUUGUGUGUGACUCUCCGGAUAUCCAGCAGGUGCCGGCCAUACCUCCAGGACAAGACUUUGUCACUGUCAUGCUGUCCAUUCGGUUUGGAGAUGUUAUGGUGACGUCCAGGGAGUUCACCUUUUAUGACUGUACAGCGGUGAAACAGCUGUCUGGGAGUAUGCCGUGUCGUGGCUGUGUGCAGAGUCGCUGGGGUUGUAACUGGUGUGUUGAGCAGCAUGUGUGUACUCAUAAGAACUCAUGUGAAGGCAUCAUUUAUAAUGAACAUUUCAGUCCGCCCACCCCUGCCCCCACCGCCAAAGCUGGCAGGAUAGGGCCCAUUGCCCCGACAGCCACAGGCAAAGAACCUUCGUCUAAAAAGCACUCUCCGCCUCCAACCGCAACCCUUACUGAAACCACCAUGGCAACCACAGUCGCUACCACAACUGAACUGCCCACAUCUGUCACUCCAGUGACCGCGGCUCCCGUGACUCCUGAACCAACCAUUGCCCCCACUACCCUUCCUCCACUUCCUGCUGCCAAAACUACGGUUCCUCCCACCUUGGGCUCUGCCCUACCUGUGCUGGAGGAGGAGACACCAUCACAGGAGAUCCUCACUGAUGUUCAGACAGAAGCUGAAGCUCUUGGCAAAACCGAGAGAACUGUGGUUGCCGUGGACGAUUCAGAUGUUGUCGUGGAAACCGAGGUCCCGCCGAUCAUUUCCACUGAGGAACAGCAGUUGGCCGUGUCACCUCUGCCCCCGACCCCCAGCGAGGUGCCCCCAAGUCCUCCUGAGGCCCCCCCGUUAGUGGAGCUGGUGACAGAAGCCACUGCCCCUCCCAACAGCCCCCAGAUCUUAGAAGAGAGACCAUCUGUACCAGAACCCCCCACCAAUACCCAAAACCCCUCCGAAACUCACACCUCAGCCCCUCAGGAACACACGGAUGUCUCUCAGGAGAAGGAGGCAUCAGACUCGGAUCCAGCGGACAGCCUGUUGGUGUCUCUGACCGAGGCUCCGGUUGCGCCAUCAGAUUCGGCCCCUCCCACAGCAGCCGACUCUCAGCCGGAGCUGCUGCAUUGGGCUCCAGAGGAAGUCGCUGUGGAAGACGAAGAGGCAGGCAUGGCUGAGAACGACACCAUGGCAUUUUCCGCCGCCACGGUACUGUCAGGAGACGGAGAGUCCGACCAGGCCUCCCCAGAAUACCCCCGUCUCCUGGAUACGGACUCGGAGCUUGACUACCAGUAUGACUCCGCUGAUGCUUUCCUCCUGGGGGACAGGGGUUCAUUUGCAAACAGAGGGCCAUCUGCCUGCCCCUGUGUGGAGAAGGUGGAGGGUUCCUCUCUCCUGCCCGUCCAAACCGAGAGGAAGAUUAUCCUCCAGGCCCACAACCUCCACCUCUACCAGGACCAGGUCCUGGAGUAUGAGUGUGUGUUGGUGAUUGAAGGCCAGACGGUAGUGGUGAAUGCCAAUGUGGAGGUGGAUGAGAUAAAUCCCACUGUUUUCUACAUCACCUGUCAGCUACACAAGUACUCAUACACAGCUUUGGAGGAAGAGUACAAUGCCAUGGUGUACGUGAAGAGGAGGAACACGUUUCAUGUCGACACCGUUCAGAACCUGUACGUGACGUUGUAUAACUGUUCGGUGAGGCGUUCGGACUGCAGUCGCUGUUACACAGCCGAUCAGAAGUAUGGCUGUGUGUGGUGUGGUGGGGCCCAGUCCAGCUGCCUCUUCAGAGACUCCUGUUCAGAACUUGUCGAACACACCUGCCCCGCCCCUGUCAUUCACCAUAUUGAGCCCUUGACAGGGGUGGUGGAGGGUGGGACGACUCUUACCAUCUCAGGCUCUAACCUGGGUCAGAAACCUCAGGACAUCCUGCGCUCUGUCACCGUGGCAGGACUGCCCUGUACUGUUAUACCCAGCCUGUACGAGAUCUCUUCCAGAAUUGUGUGUACAACUAAAGCCAGUGGAGAGGCCAAGUCUGGUCACGUGUCUGUGGAGGUGAUGGCAGGGGGAUUAGGUCUGUCCAGCCAGUUAUUCCACUACCAGGACCCUGUGCUGUUGGAGGUAAUCCCAAAAAGGGGUCCAAAAGCAGGGGGCACAGCAGUCACCCUCUUGGGCAGAAACCUCCUCACCGGUCGGCGCAGUGACAUCACCGUGCUGCUAGGCAAUGUGCCGUGUUCCAUGUGAGUCACAUCUGUUCACACGGACGCCAUUGAGUGCGUGACCGGCAGCAGUAACAGGACGGGAGAGCAUGGAGUCACCAUGCGAUUUGGCAACAGCCAGCGGCAUCUCCAUGGCAACGAUUACCACUACACCCCUGACCCCAACAUCACACAUGCCAUACCUUCAAAGAGUUUCCUCAGCGGUGGGCGUGUGAUCCGGGUUUCAGGUCAUAACCUGGAUGUAGUUCAGCAGCCACGCAUUUGUGUGACCAUCACCUCCUCAGAGAGUAUUCCACGCAGGAGGAGGAGGAGAAGGGGGAAUGCUGAAAGCCUUGUGAAUGCUCAGCAAGGAGAGGAAGACAUACUGUGGAGGCACAGGCGGAUUGUUCCAGAAAUGGUCAAAGAGUUUACAGAGCGCUGCGAGGUAAACACCUCCUCACUCCUCCUCUGCCGGACUCCCGGAGUGGAGGCACAGUUGAUCGGGACUCAGAUUCGGGUGGAGUUCCUCCUCGACAACCUACGCUUCGACUUUAACUCUGUCAGUCAGACUCCCUUUACCUACGAACUCAACCCUACCCUCCGCCCACUCAACCAGCACGACCCCAGCAAACCAUUCCGCUACAAGCCAGGCUCCGUCAUAUCUGUGGAGGGGGAGAACCUGGACCUGGCCAUUUAUAAAGAGGAGGUGGUUGCUAUGAUAGGAGAGGGUGUGUGUGCUGUGAAAACUCUGACCCGGAACCAUCUGUACUGUGAGCCGCCUUCCCAGCAGCCCUCCCCGGGACUGGGCCGCAAGCGAGAGGGUGCAGACACACUCCCCGAAUUCACAGUGCAGAUGGGAAAUCUGAACUUCUCCCUGGGCAGAGUGCAGUAUGACACACUCAGUCAGUCCACUUUCCCCAUGGAGGCGCAGAUCGGAGUGGGCGUGGUGGCCUCUCUCGUCGCCUUGAUCGUUCUCAUUAUAGUACUGAUAUACAGGAGGAAGAGUAAACAGGCGUUGAGGGACUAUAAGAAGGUGCAGAUUCAACUGGAGAAUCUUGAGACCAGUGUCAGAGACCGCUGCAAAAAAGAGUUUACAGACCUGAUGACUGAAAUGAUGGACAUGUCCAGUGACCUGGUGGGAUCAGGAAUUCCGUUCUUGGAUUACCGGAUGUACGCAGAGAGGAUCUUCUUUCCGGGCCAUCGGGAAUCUCCUCUCCGCAGGGAGCUGGAUGUUCAGGAGUGCCGGCGAGCGACAGUGGAGCAGGGACUGGUCCAGCUCUCAAACCUGCUCAACAGUAAACUCUUCCUCACCAAGUUCAUCCACACUUUGGAGAGCCAGCGUACGUUCUCGCCCAGAGACCGAGCCUACGUGGCCUCCCUGCUCACCGUGGCCCUCCAUGGGAAGCUGGAAUACUUCACUGACAUCCUCAAAACCCUGCUCAACCACCUGGUGGAGCAGUAUGUGGCUAAAAACCCCAAACUCAUGCUCCGCAGGACUGAGACGGUCGUAGAGAAACUCUUAACCAACUGGAUGUCCAUCUGCCUCUAUGCCUUCCUAAGGGACUCUGCUGGUGAGUCUCUCUACAUGCUCUUUAGGGCCAUUAAACACCAGGUGGAUAAAGGUCCAGUGGAUGCCGUGACUGGAAAAGCAAAAUACACCCUCAACGAUAACCGCCUCCUGAGGGAAGAUGUGGAGUACCGUACUCUGACAUUAAAUGUGCUGAUGCAAGGCGUUGGGGUGAACGAGACUCAGCCUGUGGCUGCCAAGGUCUUAGACUGCGACACCAUCACACAAGUCAAAGAGAAGAUUCUAGACCAGGUCUACAAAGGAACAUCCUUCUCUCACAGACCACACACCGACUCUCUGGACUUAGAGUGGCGUUCAGGUGUGGCAGGUCACCUGAUUCUCUCAGACGAAGACCUGACAUCUGUGGUCCAAGGGAACUGGAAACGCCUUAACACACUCCAACACUACAAGGUGCCCGACGGAGCAACGGUGGCAUUGGUUCCUCGACACAGCAAGCAUAUUCACCAUGACAACCACGACUACGUGGCAGGCGAGAAGACACCGAUGUUGGAGGAUGCAGAUGAAGGUGGCGUUCGGCUGUGGCACCUGGUCAAAGCCAGCGAGGAGCCGGAGCUGCCCAAACACAGGCGUGGCAGUCUGAGAGAGAGAGAGAGAGCUAAGGCCAUUCCAGAGAUCUACCUCACACGCCUGCUCUCCAUGAAGGGUACGUUACAGAAGUUUGUGGAUGAUCUGUUCACUGUGAUCCUGAGCACCACUCGGCCUGUUCCUCUGGCAGUCAAAUACUUCUUUGACCUGCUGGACGACCAGGCAGCACACCAUGGAAUCUCUGAUUCUGAGACCAUCCACAUCUGGAAGACCAACAGUCUCCCUUUGCGAUUCUGGAUCAACAUCUUGAAGAAUCCACAGUUCAUCUUUGAUGUGCAGGCAUCAGACAACGUGGACGCCGUGCUGUCCGUCAUCGCUCAGACCUUCAUGGAUUCCUGUACCAUCGCAGAACACAAACUGGGCCGGGACUCUCCUAUUAACAAACUACUGUAUGCAAGAGACAUCCCUCGCUACAAGCAAAUGGUAGAAAGGUACUACGCUGAUAUCAGACAGACCAUCUCCGCCAGUGAUCAGGAGAUGAACUCUGCUCUGGCCGAACUCUCCAGGAAUUACUCUGGAGAACUGAAUUACCUGGUGGCCCUGCACGAACUCUACAAAUACAUCAACAAAUAUUAUGACCAGAUCAUCACUGCCUUAGAGGAGGACAGUACAGCUCAGAAGAUGCAGCUGGGCUAUCGGCUCCAGCAGAUAGCAGCAGCGGUGGAGAACAAAGUGACGGACUUGUGACAGAGAAGCUGUGGCUUAAGCUAAACCUAAGGAGAGGGAAGGUCACGGAAUGAGAAAAGACAAGCAAACAGAUUAAAUAUUGCACAUGGUAGUCGCAGAGACCUGAACUUGGCGGAUGGAUGGAUGGAUGGAUGAAUGGAUGGAUGGAUAGACGGAGAGGAGAACAUGAGAAGUGUGGGACCACAUGAAAAAAUGGACAUCUACUGCCUUUUUUAGGGUUGUUGAUAAAAAUGGAUGAAAAUGGACUUUUCUUUUGACCCUUGAGGUAGAGUUUAGUGUGCAGAGUGU